AACAAGAUGGCGGCGGCAGGUCCGAGUACUCGGGCCUCUUCCGCGGCGGCAGCUGCAGCUCUGAGUCGGCGAGGCCGGCGGGGCCGCUGUGACGAGAUGGCGGCAGCGAAGACUGGGGCUCCGGGCCCGGCCUCUGGCCCUGCGCUGUUGGUGGUGCAGCCGCCGUUGCUGCAGCCGUCGCCACCGCUGCGGCCGAAGGACUCUAGCUGCGCCGGAUGCCUGGAGACCGCGGGGGAAGCAGCGGCCCUGCCUUGCGGCCACUCGCUGUGCAGAGGCUGCGCCCCACGAGCCGCCGGAGCGCUGCUGCCGGAGCAGGAGGCGCGCGCCGCGCCCGCGGAACCAGGUGGAGCUUCUUCCCCUCCUCCCCUAGGGGUCCGGAGCGAGGCCGAGCGAGCCCCGGCCGGGCCUGAGUUUAUAUUCAGAGCACCAAUCAAAUUAAGCAAGGCUGGGGAACUUCGUGAGGAAUUUGAAAGCCUGAGAAAGCUGAGAGAAGAAAAGUUACAAGAGGAAAAAACUUCUGAAGAUCAAAUUCACAAGCUUUUACCAGAGGAUACAGAAACAGGGAAAAGGAAAAUGGAUGAACAGAAAAAAAGAGAUGAGCCAUUAGUACUGAAAACAAAUUUGGAACGUUGUCCUGCACGUCUCUCAGAUUCAGAGAAUGAAGAACCUUCUCGAGGCCAGAUGAUACAGACACAUCGCUCGGCAUUUGUUUCCAAGAACAACUCCUACUCCUUAGCUUUCCUGGCAGGGAAGCUAAACUCCAAGGUGGAGAGGAGUCAGAGCUGCAGUGACACAGCCCAGGAUAGAGUGAAGAGCAGACUCAGAGCAGCUCCAACCAACAAAGCCAAGGUCACAACUGUAACUCCAGCCUCCAACCCCAUCAUUGGUGUCCUCUUGUCCACUCAAAACAACCGCUGCCUCUCAGCCCCUGACUUAACCAUUGAAAAGCGUCUACCUUUUAGCUCCCUCUCAUCCUUGGUUUCCCUGCAUAAGCCAGAGCGCUCUAUCAGCCCUGAGAGCAAUGACAGCAUCUCCGAAGAACUAAACCAUUUUAAGCCCAUUGUCUGCUCACCAUGUACUCCUCCCAAGAGGCUCCCUGAUGGUCGUGUGCUAAGUCCCCUCAUCAUCAAAUCAACACCCCGCAACCUAAGCAGAAGCCUGCAAAAGCAGACUUCUUAUGAGGCCAGUCCACGGAUCCUCAAAAAGUGGGAACAGAUCUUUGAGGAGCGGCAGAUCAAAAAGACCCUUUCAAAAGCCACUCUCACCUCCCUGGCUCCUGAAACGGAAGACUUACUAGGCUCUGAAGUUAUACAUUCUAGCAAGGAGAAGUCACUUCUGGCUUUAAAUACAAGACGGUCCAGUGGGCCAGUACUCUCAGGGUAUAUUGGACCCAUCUCCACUGACCUUGAUUAUUUCCCCUCUGUUAGCCAAACAAAAGCAGAACAGGACAGUGAUAGUAAAAGGAACGCUGAGAUCCCACUGGAAACCUGCUGUUCCUCAGAACUCAAAGGAGGAGCCAGUGAGACUUCUUUGGAGAGGGAGCAGUUUGAGGGGUGUGAGGGGUCGGGGUCAAUGCCAGAUGCCACGUUAGACAAAACCCGUAUAAGCACAGCCAUGAAAAUCUCUGCAGCUAAUUCUGUGCUACCCAAAAACAGUGUUUUGGGUGGGGUCUUCAAAACAAAGAAACAGCUGAAGACUUUAAAUCAUUUUGAUCUGGCUAAUGGUGUUCUGGUAGACAGCCUAGGUGAGGAGCCACUUCCUUCCUUGCGUCGGGGCCGGAAGAGACAUUGUAAGACCAAGCACUUGGAACAAAAUGGCUCCCUUAAGAAACUGCGACAAACCAGUGGUGCGGUGGGCCUGGCCCCAGCAGACCCAGUACUGCGAGAGAUGGAGCAGAAGCUACGGCAAGAGGAAGAGGACCGACAGCUGGCUCUGCAAUUGCAGCGCAUGUUUGACAACGAGAGGCGGACUGUGAGUCGGCGAAAAGGAAGCGUGGAUCAGUAUCUCCUACGGUCCAGCAGCAUGGCUGGGGCCAAGUAGCACUUAAUGAACAGUGGUACCCUUUUUUAA